CCCCUGUCGGAAUAACGAUGAACAUGUACACAAUGCUUGAUGCAUGCUCCGUUAAUAUAUAGCCACAGAUAUGAUUAGUUAUACAUGUAUUUGAUACAGCUCAGUAAUGCAUGCCUGUCGUUUCGAAGAAAGUAUGCCAAACAUUUUUAUUUGGUUGCUUGAAUAGCGUUGUGAAUCUUUUCAAAGCAGUCUACAUCUCAUUUGAGCGAAACAGCAGUUAUAUGAGUGUCUUCAGAGUUGUCAUCUGGAAAUAGCUGGUGCUGAGUGAAUCAUGACAGAGCAUAAGGCACUGGUCAUAGCAGACAUUGAGCCUCGGGUGAAUGACACUGCCCAAGGAGAACAGAACCAACAAAGCAGAACAGAGAAACAACUCUGGGCACGCAGUGAAAACUCUUUCACUUUCAACUUCUUCCCAGAGGGUGCACCAGCAGCACAUGGGGUAGAAACUGCCCUCUCAGAUGUGAAACACCAGUUUGCAGGAUUACAGACAAAAACAUCCACCGCUUCUACAGAACAGGGUUCUGGUUUUGCAUUCAACUUCCAAAUCCCUGUUAGUACACCAGGGGAGAUGGAGAAAGAAAUUGACACGCCAGUACCCUUAGAAGCUGUAGCCCCGAAAGAGUCCAAAGAGGAAAAGCGUCAGGGCCAGAACGCUCAACAAGUAAUUAAAACACCUGAGCCAACCACAUCUUCUAAAGGCAAGAAAAAUAAGAAAUCUGGUCAUAAGAAAAAAGCCACAGACAGCAGUGAAGGACAGCAAAAACAGAUGACAAACUUGACAGACACAGAAGGGGCUCGUGGGGAGGAUGGCACAGUGCUGACUACAGAACAGCAGCUGAAAAGAGAGCUGGACUGGUGCAUUGAGCAGCUGGAGCUGGGCAUGGCGACUCUGAAGGCUACGCCAAAACAGAAGGAGGAGGCCUCUCGUGCCCUUAAGACGCUGCGCAGCUCCAAAGCCCCCCUGGCAAAGAAGAGGCAGGUGAUGAGGGCCAUGUCUGGGGACUACAGGAAGAAGAUGGAGGAGGAGAAGCACAAGCAGUUCAAACUGAUUCAGGCUGCAAUGACAUCGGCUCAGGUCAAAGUAGUGGCAGACCCUGCAAAGAAGUCUAUUUUCCACCGGAAAGUGGAAGGUAAAACAGAGAUUCUACCCUUAAAAUCCGAUGCAAAGAGUCAACAAGAGAAUUUGCAGGCACAGACUCCAAACACAAGUGUGCUGAACCAGGAGAACUCAACUUUUGUCUUCACUCCUGCUAAUGAAGAGUUCUGCUUUAACUUCCUCUGAUUUGCUCUGGGGAAGUAUUUGCUCAGGAAAUCAGUCUUACUCUAGAGACGAAUACAAAUUAAGCCACAUUUUAAAGUUCUUUGCUUAAAUGCUCCCCAUCUGAAUAAUGGUUUUGGUAGAUUAUAAUGCUAUUGGUUGUGGUUUGAUUAUGUAUUGUAAACCUUUUAAUUAAUAAAUUGUAUUAUUUGUCUAAA